AAAUAUCCGCCCAAUGAAUGGUCGAUCCAAAUAGAGGUGCUCUCGAGGGUGAAGACUGUCUGUUCCGUUACUACACAUCUGUUGCUGUGUCUCGAGUGGAGUGCGCUUUUUGACGGCAAACUUGUCCUCCAGGACAGUGAUGUUGUGGUCGAUUAUUUUCAGUCGCAUUGGAAUAAAUUGCGUGAUCAGGCUAUAAAUCAAGACCUGACAGUGAUCUCCAUUAUAGUGACAUUAAUGCUUUUGUUGCAUUACAUCGCCCACAGCAAGUGAAUAGCACUAAUACACCACCGAUUCUUGCAUAUGUAUGGCCCAACUGACCAGGAUUACUCUACAUUAUCAGUACAAGUGUCUUACCAGGGAAUCACAUGCACCGUCAACAAUAUCUAUGUCCUAAUUAUUAUCAAGAAUUUAAUAUUAAUAUUUAUAAUAAUCUAAUGAAUACUCUAUUUAUUUAGCGUUUCAAAUGCCAUACUUUCAGAUGCAUAUAAUAUGUUAAUAUUUUUUUCGUA